UAACUCGGCGGACUAGUCGCGUCGCGACCGCGCGAUGGUGCACAUGUUUUAUAGGUGUGUCUAUAUCGAAGACAAUCUGCAACGAAACUGUACAUAAGGUAGUGUCUCAUUGUCGUCGUUGUAUUUUUCUCUUCAGGCAAUAAACGACAACACAAUGACGCCACAAAACUCUGCGCGUUUUUCUCUCUUUUUUUUAUUUUCGUUUACCUUCUGACGAAACUCACGAAACCCUUGCCGCCAAUUGUAUAAGUUCAGUGCUUCAACAAGUCAUUCAUGUGCUGUGCAACAUAGUAACGAUCUGCGAAAAGUUAUUAGCCGGGGCUAUACUGUAUCCGCUUCCUCUUCCUCGUCGGCUGCGUCGCCUCGGAUUACAUCAUGACAGACUCGACUUUAUCGAAGGCAACGUGAUGCCGAGGGAAUCCUGUCGGGGGUUGCUGUUGACCCUGGUGUCGGUAUUCGUCGGUCUGUAUGAGUCUGCCGGCGCGACAUCCAGCACGCAGUAUCCGAUCUGCAAACCCGGCUUGGAAUUUUGGUCCACGGAUCGCGCCUCCUGCUGGCCUUGCACCCGAUGUACGCCCGAGUUCACGCUAAGUCCAUGCGUGUUACACAACGACGCGAUCUGCGGUCCGCUGUCGGCUCUGGAGCUUGAUUGGUCCUUCUUGUCGACCAGGAAAAGGCCAGAGGCUGGGCAACGUCACCUUGAGACCGUUACCUCGAAGGUACUCUGGCGGUUGUCCGAACCGACGGAGAAGUUGCAGAAGCAAUCUCACGAAGAAGUCAGUGAUCCUGUUGGCCUUAGUCGAGAGGACAACGGUGUCCUGGACGACGAAGAGCCAGUCUCUGCUUCGCAGCAGUCGAAGCCACAGGCAGCACACGAUCCUCGGGAGAGAAGAAAAUCAACUAGCGUGGACAAUCUCCCGUGGGACUGGCAGACUGGCGCCCUGGUUCUUGCAGUGUGCACCUGUAUAGUAUUUUUCUUGGUAGCAGGAUGCUCGGCUCUUGUCUAUGCGAGACAAUGGAGGCGUAUGAAAAAAAAUUUUGAACCAGCGGGUCUCGAAGAAAUCUCGGCCAGGUUAAAUUUGAUGGUGAAAGCAGAGUUAGCCGAACUGGUCUCAGGAGCUCCGAUGAAUCCAGGUGAUCCCGAGACUAGAUGUCAAUAUCUCGAGAAACUUUUAGAAAAACACUUUUACUUUCAAAAUCGGUACAAUGUAUUGCGUCAGUAUCAGUAGACUUAUCAAUUGUAGCACGUUGCGACACAAAGAACGCGCUGAAAUUGGGGUGUAGGAUUCAACCUGUGUUGAUAUGUACUAUGCGUCGCUUUUAACAAUCCCACUUUCAUUGUGCUCAGCCACAGUAAGAUAUAGUUGCGUGCACGUUUAUGAUCAUUUUGUGCGCCGAAAGCAAGAGGGGCAGACAAGCAAUGAAGAGAACGCGGAUAUGCGGGGAACAUGGGAGCAAACAAUAUAAAUUUGCUCGACUCUCUCUCUCUUUCUUCUCCCCCUUCCACCAAACCCCUCUU